AUGAAUAUGUAUAGGUAUUUUAUUUUCGUGCUCAACAUGGUUGCAGAUUUAAAUGAUACCCCAGACUCUGACACGUAUUUUUUCUAUUUUUCCUAUGGAAGUAAUUUGUUAAAAGAGAGAAUUCAUGUUGGGGUGCCCGGAGCCGAUUUUAUUUCAGUUGGAGUAUUGAAUAAUUUCGAUUUGUUCUUUUUUGACGAUUCUAAACGAUGGAAGGGAGCACUCGCUUCAAUCGAGCCAAAAGAUGGAAGUCGAGUUUUUGGAUGUAUCUGGCGCGUGCCUUAUUCUCAUUUGAAUGCUUUAGACAGGCAAGAGAUUGGCUAUCACCGUUUAGAAGUUCAUGUUUUAUCUUAUUCUUCCUUGGAUCGGGGCUUCAAUUGCCUCACAUAUCAAUAUUCAAACACUAAUAGAAUUUUGGCUGCCCCUUCACCUCAUUACAAAGAAGUAAUUGUUGCUGGGGCUGUUGAGCACGAAUUGCCUACCGAAUAUAUUGAAAGACUGCGUGCGAUUCCAACAAACGGAUUUAAUGGGACUGUCGACCUUGACUUGAAGGCAAUAAAACAUUUGAAUGGAAAUGUGAAAAAUUAG